AUGGGUGUAAGCUGGUUUAAAAAAUUAAUAGGUAAAGACUCAUCUUCAGCAACGACAUUGUCAAUACCUGUAACAACAUAUCCAUCAGUUAUAUAUACAUCCUCAAUAAUAGAACAUAUUGCAAAAAGUGAAUAUGAAAGUUUGAAAAGAAAAAAAGUACCAUUACAAGAAAUUGAAUCAAAUAAUCGUACAUCUUCAUCAAAUCCUGGUUCGACUAUUAGUUUAAUACUCAUUAUUAUACUUAGUCUUGCAGUUAUUGUUUUUAUUUUCUAUCGAAAACGAGCUAAAUUACAAGCGAAUAAAUUUAGUUUUCGACAAACUGAAAGAAAAUUUGGAUCACCAACUAGUCCACCAACAUCACAAAUAGAACAAAAUCCAACUUUUGUUUGA